AUGUAUUCUUUAGCAGCAGCAGCAAAGGAAGGGCCCUGCCGCCAUGAUAGCCCAGUGACAGGUCGUUGCAUGCUGUGCUGCAGCAGCAACGAUGAGAGCUGCAGCAGCAGCAGCAACAGCAGCAGCAGCAGCAGCAGCAGCAGCAGCAGCAGCAGCUUGCUGCUGCAUGCUCUAUGCCAGAGCCGUCGCCUGUAUAACAACCUCUCUGCUUUUCUUGGAGCAGCAGACAUGAAUAAGUUUCUGCUGCAGCUGUCUUCUGGGGUGUACAUACACCUCAUGCUGCAGCAGCAAAAGAUAGAUAUAGGGCCUGGUGAUCUCCCGCUGCUGCAGCAGAAACCCCUCGAGCUGCUGCUGCUGCACCGCCUGCUGCUGCAGCAGCGAGCCUGGCGCCACACAACUGCCCUUUACCUGCAGCAGCAGCAGCACCAGCAGCAACAGCAGCAGCAGCAGCAGCAGCAGCAGCAGCAGGUGUAUCUGCAGGUCCCUCCUCUCUCAGAUAGGAUGCAUCUGCAGCCCGUCGAUGAAUUUGCGUUUUGCUGCUGCAGCGAAGAAGCAGUCCGCCAGAUACUGCUGCAAGCAGCAGACAGCAGCAGCAGCAGCAGCAGCAGCAGCGGUGGUUGCAGCAGCAGCGAAAGCAGCAACAGCAGCAGCAGAACGAGCUGUGGUGGUGAUUCCAGCAGAGGCGGCAGCAGCAGCCCCGCUAGCAGCGUGGUGGCAGGCAGCCCCACCAAAAGCAGCAGCAGCAGCAGCAGCAGCAGCAGCAGGAACAGCAGCAGCAGCAGGAGCAGCAGGAGAAAGGGCCACCAGUGCAGCAAGAGUGGUGUGAUAGGUGACCAGUGGUUCGGUGGUGGUCUGCUGCAGCACUUCUGCAUGCGCAGCUGCGCGGUGUCUGUACAGGGGCUGUAUGAUAUAACUUCGUGUCUGCUGCUGCCGCUGCAGUCGCAGCUAAAAAUGCUGCUGCUGCAGCACUGCUCCCUAGACUGCUGCGACGCUCUGCUGCUGGCUCGCUGUCUGCACCAGAUGCAGGCUCUCGAGGUGUUGGAUCUGAGCAACAACGAGAUAAAAGAUGUGGGGGCUACGGUGCUGCUGGCUACGCUGCACCGCGGCAACCGCCCGGCAAACAUUCAGCGGCUAGCGGACCUGCGGCAGCAGCGGCAGCAGCAGCAGCAGCAGCGGGAGCAGCAGCAGCAGCAGCAGCAGCAGCGGCGACAGCAGCAGCUGCUGCAGGGAGAAAGGGAAAGACUCAAGAGGGAUAGCAACGGAGACGAUCCAGAGCAGCAGCUGCAGCAGGAGCAGCAGCAGCAGCAGGAAGAGGAGGAGCAGCGGCUGCAGGAGCAGCAGCAGCAGCAGGAGAGAGAGCAGCAAGAACGAGAAGAAGAAGAAAACCUGAAACGCUCUGAGGUGUACAGACACCUCAGGUGUAUAGACCUGGGGGGCAACGACCUCUGCGGCAGCGAGACGCUGCUGCCUGUUCUUGCUGCCUUUAUAGUUGAUGCUGCAGCAGCAGCAGCACGGCUCAGCAGCAUAUGUUUACAGUCGAAUGACUUGGGUCCUGCUGCUCUUGCUGCUGCUGCUGCUGCUGCUGCUCUCUAUACGCAGCAGCGAAACAAAAUGCUGCAGGCAGAAGCAGCAGCAAGAGAUGCUGCUGCUGCUAGAGAAGCUGCUGCAGCAGCAAGAGCAGCAGCAAAGGCUGCUGCUGCUGCUGAACGGGCAUCAUGCAGCGCAGCAGACGUUCGCGCCGCCGCUGCAGCAGCAGCAGCAGCAGCAACAGCAACAGCAACAGCAGCAGCAGCAGCAGCAGCAGCAGCAGCAACUGGUGAUGGCGAUAUUUGCUGCCGCAGACAACACACGAAGCAGCAGCGCUCUCUCAUCAGCGGCUGGGAAGGCUGGCAGAGCAGCAGCAGCAGCAGCAGCAGCAGCAGCAAAAGCAGCAGCAGCAGCGGCGAUCGGCCCCUCUGCUGCAGUCUGCUGAUAGAUAUGAGAGACAACCCCCGCUGCAGCAGCAGCAGCAGUGCUGCUACUUCUGGCUCGUCCAGCAGCAUCAGCAGCAGCAGCUGCUGCAGCACCCCGACGUUUGCUGCUGCUGCGGCUACGCAGGUUCCUCCGGGUAUCUCUGCUGCUGCUGCUGCUGCUGCUGCACCACCUGUAGAAAGAAGAAAAAGAAGCAGGGAAAAACCAGAUGAAACCAAACGCAGCAGCAACAAGGUGUAUUGCGCUGCUGCUGCUGCUGCAGUUGGGGUAGCUGCUGCUGCUGCUGCAGCAGCAGCACAGCAGGCAUGUACAGGUCCUGCGUCUGUGUCAGCAUCAGCAGCUGCAGCAGCAGAAGCAGCAGCAGCCGAGGCGGGUGCAGCAGCAGCAGCAGCAGCUGCUGCUGCUCGUGAGGCGACAGCUGAACAGCUAGCACUGGUUGCAGCAGAAACAGCAGCAUCAGCAGCAACGCAGCAUCUUGCUGCUGCUACCCUCAGCAGGCUGCGCAGCGCAGCAAAGGUAGAGAUAGGGACCCAGGAGGAGACAGUGAGAGGAGACGCGAGAAUGUUUAUGGGUAGGGGGCGUGAGGUGUAUACGGAGCUGCUGCAGCACGAGCAGCUGCAGCUGCUGCGGCACAGCAAGCUGCAGCAGCAGCAGCAGCAGCAGCAGCAGCAGCAAAGGAUGAUGGCUCGCAGCAGCAGCAUCAGCGAUGCAGAAACAGAAGACGACUCAGACUAUGAGCUCUCAGAUGUUGCUGUUAACCUCAGCAGCAGCAGCAGCAGCAGCAGCAGCAACAGCAGCAAUAGCAGCAACAGCAGCAGCAACAGCAACACUUCCUCUCCAACAGCAGAAGGCAGCAGCAGCCCCCUGCUUAUACCCAGCUACAGCAGCAGCAGCACCCCCCGUGCUAUCGAUGCUGCUGAAUGCUGCAGCAGCAGCAGCAGCAGCAGCAGCAGCAGGAGUAGAAGUAGUAGCAGCAGCAGCAGCAGCAGCAGCAGCAGCAGCAGUAGUAGCUACGCCCCACGCAGGCAUCAUCCAGUGAGCCCCUGCAGUGCUGCUGAAAACAACAACAACAACAACAGCAGCAGCAGCAGCAGCAGCAGCAGCAGCGACACGGACAUCAGCAGCGAAGUUCAGGAGAGCGAGAUGGCCGACCUGCUGGACGAUGCAUUCGCUCCCCCGCCCCUCUAG